GUUCAUGAAAGGUCAGUAUAUGUCCAGACCACUUGAAUGCUGGGUGUUCUUUACUCACUUCUUUGGGGUGUCUUGCAUGCCUUUGGCCAACUCCCUCUUGAAGCUCAACUUAAUCUCUGGCUCUCCGUCUUUUCACCCAACCAUACAAAGCAGGUCCUAUUGAGGAAAAUUAGUUCCGGGUCAGUCUCUUAUUAAUUCUUCUCCUUUUACCUUGUACUCUGCCAUACAUAUUUCUUGCAGCCUUGCGCUAGUGUAGCAAUGCAUGUUCAACAAGCAAGAGACAUGUACACGGACUCCUUCGUGGACGUAAAUAUGGUGGUCACCUUGCCAAAACUUUACAUAUGCACGUAUUUCUCUAUGGUUAGGAACGUUAGCGCUUUUUCCUCUAUCGAUAGAGGAAUCUUGUACCUUAGUACGUUUUGGAUGUACUAUCUAGCAUUAGCUAAAUCUGUAAUAGUGUCUAAUGGCUAUCCUUAGGUAUGCUUACAGGGCACAUCGAGCUGUGGACUGCUUUGGGGAUCGGCUGAUUAGUCUCGCGCUCCCAUGCCGACAUGAAUUUUCGGAUUUUGUUCCGUAUUGUUUUGACAGUAGGCUUAUUCAGCUUUUUGUCCAGCCUUGGCUUGGCCGAACGUCUGACAGCCUCCGCAAAAUGUUUCAUUGUCUCCAUAUUACCUGGGUCUGAGGCAGGAAAUCUCCUCGCGUACCUAUAGCGCUCGUUAGUUCAAUUCCUAAACGUGAG